AUGCACGACUGGGAAACAGGGGCAAACGUCACCGCCAUUCCGAUUGCUGGCCUCCCCAAGAAGCCAUGGGCGGUUGGUACAUUCGCUACCAUCAUUCCUAUUGAUGAUGCGUUAACUGAAACAAUUGAUCGCAAUUCAGCACAAAUAGGGCGCGCCCAGGGCAUCUAUGUAAACUCAGCUCUGGACGGCUCUGACCUACACUUCUUGAUGUCAGUGGUGUUCACCAACAAGCAGUACAACGGUAGCAGCCUUGAGAUUCAAGGUGCUGAUAGGUUUUUCAAUAAGUAUAGAGAGGUUUCGGUGGUGUCUGGAACUGGGAUGUUCCGAAAUGGCGCUGUACUCAGCGUCCCCGGCAAGAUCUGGAGCUUCACUUCAUUCGGAACAGUUUUUGUUACUGAUGACCCUAUAACUGAAGCCCCUGAUCCCAACUCAGCCCCGGUUGGACGUGGGCGAGGCAUGUACAUCACCUCCGCGCUGGAUGGCUCAACCACCCAUGUUUUGAUAUCAAUUGUGUUCACUAAUGGACAAUUCAGUGGCAGCACACUGGAGAUUCAAGGUAGCAGCCCACCGUUUCAGAAAUAUAGAGAAGUGUCCGUGGUGUCCGGGACCGGGCCGCUUCGUUUUGCAAGGGGCUAUGCUAUAUUUGAGACUGGUUUUGUUGACACGCCAAUUGGUUACUCAGUCAUAAAGUGUAAUGUCACUAUUCGCACUGCUUAA